AUGGGAACUGAAGAGACGAGCAGUGAGAGAGUGCUGGGAUUGAAGAGACGGUUAGUGCUUAAAAUGAUGAGACAAAUUUCGAAAAAUUAUGCGAUUUGAAGAGACAAAAUGUCGCUGCGGGCAUACGGUGCCUUCGAGGCAUUUGGCCCCACAUUCCAACGGAGACUUCGCCUCGGGCCACGUCGCGGGCUAAAGCUACAGACCGAAGGGUACGGUAAGUGGGUUGUGACGUAGAUAACUUGUUAACAACUACUGUAUUUUAAAUACCACGAUCUAUAGAAUUGAAAUAUGUAAUUUAGAGUAAGGUAGGGUAGCAUAGAGUACGGUAGUGUACGGUAGCUUAAAGAAUAGUAAAGUACAGUAGGGUAAGGUAAUAUAAGGUGAGGUAGAAUAAAAUAAGGCAAUUUUGAAAACUUUUUUUAAUUUUAGGUAAAACUUGAAGUUGCAAUGUCAAAGAACACUCGCCAACAGACAGCUGGUUACAAUAAUGUUCAAGAAGGUAGUACCAGUAACAACACAUUGUGGCUAAACAGACCUAGUGGCAGUUCUGAUACUAAUCCAGCUGAGGUAAGCCCACGAGGAAAUAGGCAGGUAGAAGGCAAAGAAAAAGUAGAAGUAAACAAGGCUAUCUUUAAUACAUACAGCUCUAUGGUUAUCAUUCUUAUUUGUUACAGACUGAUCUUAAUCCAAAUUAUCUUUUUUAACUCUCAACGUAACUUUUUUUGAACCUACUCUACUUGUUGUACCUCAACGCCACCCUAGCCCUAUUUAAACGCAGCUUUAGUCCUGACUUAUUCUGACUCUAGUACUACACUAGCCGGAUACUAGCCUUAUUUUAUCUUUAUUUUAGUUUUAUCCGAGCCUUGCCUUACCCCUUACUUUCUAUCCUUUCUCUAGCCAUAUCAUAGCUCAGUCUUAUUGCUACGGUAAUUCUCUUUUAAUUUUACUUUAGCCUUAAUCUAGCCUUACUCUAGUCUUGUUUUAGCCUCACUCUAGCCUUAACAUAGCUUUCUCAUAGUUCUUACCUAGCCUCGCCUAAGCGAUACAAUAACUCAACAUAUCGUUAUCGUUUAAAAUCAACACAAUCAGUACAAUAAUCUACUCUAUCUCUUCACUGUUAGCAUUUUUAUAAAAGUAGCAUGUCACAGUCUUUACCUUAACAUACCACAGUCUUUAGCAUUCCAAAUUGUUUACAUACUACAGUAAAAAGUUUUGGUUGUUUUUAAAAAUUAUAUUAUUUCAGUUUCCAACGACAAGUUUAACCUCAUUUCCCGGCUACACAACUUCAAAUUACUUGACUUAUCCGCUGCAGACUGAAUUUCCAGAAGGUUAUACUUCCACCAACAACUUUUUUCAAUGUACCGCCUUACCGUAUGCUUUGAAUUACCCUACUGAAGUGGCAGUACAUAGGGUUAAGGGUAAUGAGGAUGAAGAUGCUUCGGUAAGAUGAGUUUACUAUAGUAAAACGUAGAGUAGGGUAGGGUAAAGUAUGGUACAGUACUAUACUUAAAUCCUACUGUAAUUAAACUUACAGUAUCAGUAGUACCACUCAUAGCCUCAUAAUUCCAGGAAUACUCUGAGAACUCGACCGACGCCACCUCCAGAAGCCCAUCGACAGACUCGUCUCGCAAAGAGAAUCCGACCUAUUAUGCUGAAGUUAAACCUCUACCCUACCCAACCAUAGCCCCACAUGGCUAUAUAUCACGUUCACCGUUCGAGACCUUUUGUACUGUGCCAGGAAGAACCAGUUUACUUAGUAGUACUACCAAGUACAAGGUGACUAUUGGUGAAAUUCAACGACGAAUCAGUCCGCCUGAAUGCUUGAAUGCUAGCUUAUUGGGCGGGAUUCUUAGGAAGUAAGUAAGGAGGGUGGGGGAGGCAGAAGAAGGGAUAGGGGAUGUGCGAGAAAAGGGUAGGAUCAAGUUUUGAUAGAGUGUGGUAAAUUAGAAUCAAGUAAUGUAAAAUAAUCUAGGAUAGAGCACGGUAGAGUACGGUAGGAUACGGUAGGUAGAGUAGGUAGGGUCGAGUCGAAAAAGCUAAAAAAGAGCAGGGCAAAGUGGGGCAGGGCAAUGUAAGAACAGACAAGGCAGUGAUAUUAAAGUUGCGGCAGGACAGGUAAGGCGGUGCAAAGCAAGGCAGGUCAAGUUUGGACAGAAUAGGCUUGUACAGAAGGGUAGGGUAGGGUAGAGUAGGGUAGGUUAGGGUAGGGUAGGGUAGGGUAGGGUAGGGUAAGGUAGGGUAGGGUAGGGUAGGGUAGGGUAGGGUAGGGUAGGGUAGGGUAGGGUAGGGUAGGGUAGGGUAGGGUAGGGUAGGGUAGGGUAGGUUAGGGUAGGGUAGGGUAGGGUAGGGUAGGGUAGGGUAGGAUAAGGUAGGGUAGGGUAGGGUAGGGUAGGGUAAGGUAGGGUAGGGUAGGGUAGUAAUUUAUUUUAUUUCAGAGCCAAGUCAAAGGAUGGUGGGAAGGCUUUGAGAGAAUCUCUUCGUCGAAUCGGCCUAACUUUGCCAGCCGGCCGAAGAAAGUCCGCGCAUGUUACUGCAUUAACGGCUUUGGUUGAAGGUAAAAGUCACUUUUAGUUUUUAAAGCAAAAAAUGGCAAAAACUUUCUUUACGGAACAAAAAAUGGCAAAAACUUUCUUUACAAGACAAAAAAUGGCAAGAACUUUCUUUACAAAACAUAAAAUGGCAAGAACUUUCUUUCCAGAAGAAGCAGUCCACAUGGCCCGAGACUUUCAUUCAGUCUGUGAACGAGACUUCCCAGCCAAAGAGCUAGCUGCCUUUCUCUCACGUAAUGUCACAAGCGAUGAAGACGCCCAAUCCCGACGUACUAUGUUGCACUAUGUUCGUAUCUUCAUCAAAGAACUGUCGGACCUCAUGAACUCUGAUCGAAGUCCGGUUUGUGCCAAUCGACCUGAUAUUAUCCUUGAUCCGGUCAUUCAAAAGCCAUUGACUCACUUCUCAAUGGUCACGCACGGCUUUGGUGGACUAGUGGUCGUAUCGGUACUAGAUGCACUUAAUGCUUAUGUCCACGAGAGCUUCAAGCAUUUGGAUCGGAACUAUGGCCAGGUCAACUGUUAUAAUGGGGGUCAUGGAUAA